GCCGAGAGGAAAAGGAUGAAUAACAAAGGAAACCCCAAACAUCAAUACCAAGAAGGCAAACCCCAGCCCUCACUCAGAGCCUGUGAAGGCAGAGGAAGCCGGCAGGUGGACUCCGAAAGCCCUCAUAGGAGACGAGCCUCUUCCUGUGGCGGCCACACACCAGCACAGCCCGUGGAGGAGCCUCUUCUUCUUCUUCUUCUCCUUCUUCUCUCCCAUCCCCAGGACUGUCUGGCCCGGCAAGAUGAAGUGGAGGAGGAUCGCCAUCCUUGCCAGCCUGCAGGCCCAGCUCCCAGCCACAGAUGCUGCAUCAGUUCUUGGCCUCACAGAUCCCAGGCUCUGCUAUGUGCUGGAUGGAUUCCUCUUCAUUUAUGCAGUGAUCAUGACAGCCCUUUUUGUGAAGGCAAAGCUCAGCCAAGCCUCUGAACCACAGCUGCGAGCAGGCCAGGAUGAUGUGUACAACAAACUCUCCCGCUCGCACAGAGACGAUUACGAUGUGCUGGGAGGAAAGCGAGGAGCAGACCCCGAGCUGGGCGGGAGACACCAGCAGAGGAGAAAGAACCCUCAGGACACUGUCUACACUUCACUGCAGAAGGACAAGAUGGGUGAGGCAUACAGUGAGAUUGGAAUGAAGGGAGAGCAGAGGCGGCGAGGCAAAGGCAAUGAAGGUCUCUACCAGGGGCUCAGUGCAGCAACCAAGGACACUUAUGAUGCUCUCCAAAUGCAGCCUUUGCCCCCCCGCUAAGUGGGAGCCUCAGAGGGGAUGGGCAGGAGUGAGAGAUGCCCACCUGC